AGAUAAUGGUCGUUCGAGUUGCAGGGACUAAGCCGCCCAGUCUAGCUUUCCCGUGGACUCGAGGCUGAAAUGUAGCUCGUGUGUGGGUGUGGAGACUGAGAGUCCUUUUUUUUGAGACAGAGGGAGAAGGAGGAAUUCUAUAACGUUCUUGUGAAUUGAAAGAGUUUUUUUGUUUAUUGUUAAGAAUAGUGCAUCGUGUUCGUUUGCUGUAUUCGUCUGGGGUGACAUAUGCCGGGAAAUCUGUAUUGUUGUUUUUGUUUUUUUUUCUAUAUGUAAAACAGUAAAUAGAUCCAUGAAUGGUGACCGUACAGAACAGAGAGUGAUUCCUUAUUGUUGUAAAGGAAAGUCACCGAUGUUGAUUACAGGCUGUGAGAAUAACGAAUAUGAACAAUUUGACUCGGUGAGACUAACGCUCCACUGUUCUUCAAAGGACUUGGCGGAUACAAUACGUUCGGGAUAACACUGUAAUCUGUUAUUUUAUCCCAGUUAUCACGUACUGAAAGAAAUGAGUGGAAAAUGUGACGAUUUCUCUAUACUGACGUGCAGAGUUCUGUGAGACACCCGUACCUGAGCGCCAGCAUAGGAUGAGGAUAUAAGCUCAGAGGUUCAAGUCAGCGGCCUCGUGAGGAGCCCAGAGUCGGCUAGGGUCAGCGCUUGGCAGCAGGAUGACGGUGCCAAGUCAGCCCGAGAACCACAGUUACCCCGCCCUGCCCGACUCGGCCUUCGACAUGUCCAGGUCGGGGGGAAGCUUCGUGCUAGCCGACCUGGAGAUCGAGAUGCCGGUGUGGGAGUUCGUCCUCACGGUGGUCUGCCUCAGUACCAUCACCGUCUUCACCGUUUUCGGGAACGCCCUCGUCAUCGUGUCCGUGUUCACGUAUCGGCCGUUGAGGAUCGUGCAGAACUUCUUCAUCGCGUCGCUGGCCGUGGCCGACCUGACGGUGGCCGUGUUCGUGCUGCCUUUCGGCGCCGUCUACACCAUCCUCGGGAAGUGGAUCUUCGGCCUCCACCUCUGCAGGUUCUGGCUCACCAUCGACAUCCUGUGCUGCACGGCCUCCAUCCUCAACCUGUGCGCCAUCGCUCUCGACCGCUACUGGGCCAUCAGCGACGCCAUCAACUACGCGCAGAAGCGAACCCGGAGGCGCGUGCUGGCCAUGAUCGGCCUGGUGUGGGCCAUCAGCGUGGCCAUCUGCCUGCCGCCGCUGUUCGGCUGGAACGACUGGCCCGAGGUCUUCACGCGCGACACGCCCUGCACGCCCACCAAGCAAAAGGGUUACGUCAUCUUCUCCUCCGUCGGCUCCUUCUACUGCCCGCUGCUCAUCAUGGCCGUCCUCAACGUCAAGAUCUUCCGCUCCAUCCGCAGCAGGCUCCGAAAGCGCGUCUCCAGGCACAGCCAAGUGCUCGGCCUCGGAAACAUCCGGUUUUCGCGGAUAGACAACAUCUCGACGUAUGUGGCGCCGCCCGCGACCCGCCCCGCCCGCGCCCUCAGCGGGACCUACGCGGGGCGCCCGGACGACGACGCGCAGCACGUCGGCGGCGCCAAGGGAAACGCCCCCACGCUCCCCAACGACGACAGCGAGAUCCAGCAGGUCAUCCGGAGGACGCGGAAGAUCUCGCUGUCGAAGGAGCGUCGCGCCGCCCGGACGCUGGGCAUCAUCAUGGGCGCCUUCGUGGUGUGCUGGCUGCCCUUCUUCCUGAUGUACGUGGUCCUGGCCUUCUGCCCGACGUGCGCGCCCCCGAGCCCCAAGCUCAGCGCCUUCGUCAUCUGGCUCGGCUACGUCAACUCGGCACUCAACCCCGUCAUCUACACCUUCUUCAACAAAGACUUCUCGAGAGCCAUCGCCAGGAUCCUCAGGCGACCCAGCAAGUGAACGGGCGAGCGGGCGAACGUGGGAACGGGCGAACGUGGGAACGGGAGAACGGGCGAACGUGUGAACGUGGGAACUGGAGAAUGUGUGAACGGGCGAACGUGUGAACGUGGGAACUGGAGAAUGUGUGAACGGUCGAAUGUGUGAACGGGCGAACGUGUGAACGUGCAACAUCCAACGUGGGAACGGUCGAAUGUGUGAACGGGCGAAUGGACGAACGUGUGAACGGGAGAACGUGUAAACGGACGAACGUGUGAACGGACGAACGUGUGAACGGGCGAACGGACGAACGUGUGAACGGGCGAACGUGGGAACGGACGAACGUGUGAACGGGCAAACGUGUGAACGGGCGAACCUGGGAACGGGCGAACGGACGAACGUGUGAACAUGUGAACGGGCGAAUGUGUGAACGGGCGAACGUGUGAACACGUGAACGAGUGAACGUGUCAACGUGAGAACGGAUGAACGUGUGAAUGGGCGAACGUGUGAACGAGCGUGAAAGGGCGACCAGCUUGUGAGGUGAAUCUAACCUUUGCUUCGAAUAUCCAAAUCCUGUGAUUAUCCGAGCUUACCAGAAUUCUGCGUCGGACUGAUUACUUAUUAAGCAGACUGACGAAGACGCUGAGACUCGAAAUAUUUUGAUUAUAUUUUGAUAUUAUGAUUAAGGUGGUUCUGUGCCGCGCAAGAUGACCAUUUUUUUCCCAUUUAACUUUUUGCUAAUAAAUAAUGAUUAAAAUACAAAA